GCCUAUUUCCUGCCAAGCCACUUAGAGCUUAGGACCUGAAGAGUUUGUUUACGGGCAAUUGCUCGAAUCCACCAAUUCUGUAUAACUGGCUAUUGGGUUUCAUAAGCCUACAUUGAGUUAGGGCCCACACAUUGGCACAGAAUGUCAGCCCAACGUAGGCUGCAAGUUAUUGGCAACCAUUUUCUUGCACAAGAGGCCCCUCAGCCAUCGCCGGAAUCCCUGGUCACUAGGCAAAAUACUGCUGGUGCAGAAACCUCAAACACUAAUACUUCAUAUGCCUCGGUAGAUGGUAGACCCAAUUCCUAUGGUCGCGUGCAUGGAAGCGUGAGCCGUGAGCCAGCAAAGUGGCGCCGAAUCCCCGUCGUCUCGCGCGAGGAACUCACAGACGUAAUUUAUGAAAAGGCAGUCGGAGAGGGCAUAGCCAAGAUAACGAUCAAUCGUCCAGAACGGCGGAAUGCCUUCCGUCCUCGUACAGUUCAGGAGCUGUCCUGGUGCUUCAGCGACGCGCGGGAUGACCCCGAUGUGGGCGUCAUCAUCCUCACAGGCGCGGGCGACCUAGCCUUUUGCAGCGGGGGCGACCAGGCUGUUCGCGGCAAGGGGGGCUACGUGGGCGAGGAUGGAGUGCCGCGACUCAACGUGCUAGACCUGCAGAUCCAGAUCCGGCGGCUGCCUAAGCCCGUUGUGGCCAGUGUGGCUGGCUACGCGGUGGGCGGUGGGCACAUCCUGCACAUGAUUUGCGACCUCACGAUUGCGGCUGACAAUGCGGUGUUUGGCCAGACGGGCCCCAAGGUGGGCUCCUUCGAUGCGGGCUACGGCUCCACGCACAUGGCCCGGCUGGUGGGGCAAAAAAAGGCGCGGGAGAUGUGGUUCCUGGCGCGGCUGUACGACGCACAGGAGGCACUGCGCAUGGGGCUGGUCAACACGGUGGUUCCACUGGACAAGCUGGAAGAGGAGACGCUGGUCUGGUGCCGUGAGAUGCUGCGCAACAGCCCCACUGCGCUGCGCGUGCUCAAGGCGGCCCUCAACGCGGCCGAGGACGGGCAGGCGGGUUUGCAGGAGCUGGGGGGCAACGCCACGCUGCUGUUCUACAUGAGCGAGGAAGGCAACGAGGGUCGCCAAGCCUAUGUGGAGAAGCGCGCCCCAGACUUUGCUAAGUUUAAGCGCCUGCCUUGAGCCUGCCUGGAUCUGGCUUCUGGCCCUUUGAUCUGGACUGAGGCAUGACUCCACCUCACGCGAUAGGGCACAGCAGGCCAUUAUGGUUUCAAGGCGCCGCAGCGUGUGGCCUAGGCCGCCUGUUAUGAGGCAAUGUUGGCGGUUGCGGCUGUCUGGCUUGGAUUUGGAUUUGAGGGUUUGAGGUUUGGGUGCCCUAGCCCCAUGACUACUACUUAUGACUAGCCAGCCAAAGCAGACUGACAAUAUGGUUAAGCCGCUACGUUGAACAGUCUCCCAGGAGAUUACCCGACAACCGAGGCAACCGAUAGCGCCAACGGUACACUCUGAAAGCACAGAGAGGAUGCAGAAGGAUGACCAAUUCGUAAAUUUCAAUAUUUUUUGACUAUGCAAAACAAUGUAAAUAAGGUUUGCGU